AGCGCAGUGGCGUCAGAGAUCUCUGGAUCUUUAAAGUGUGAUGAUCAUCUGAUAGACUCUGAUAGACUCAACAGAACCUUCGCCGCGAACUGCACUGAGCUAUCAUUAUGAAAACGAUAACGAGACGGGAUUAUGAUCGGUUUAACGCCAGUGGAAUAUGACACAGGGAAACAGAGCUGUUGAGGCGAAGUUUUGUCAGGUGUGGAAGAAAAAAGCGUUUGGACAUUAAAGGCGAAAACCUGCGUUGACUAGAUCUCAAUCUGCAUGUCUCAGAAGAGCUCCUGAGCCCUCUGAAGAUGCGAAUGUUUUCUGCCAUACGAAAUACCGUGUCUCCAGCAGCAACUUUCAGCAGUGGUCUGGAUGAGGUAGGUUGUCAGUGUCUAAUGCUACCGUGCAGUUUUCCAUGUUUGUUUGAAUUCGGCAUCCACUCCACCACUCAUGAUGGUUUAGUCCUGCUGUGAGAGCACAACAAUGACAUCCAUGGUUGCCAAUGGGACUCAAGGUGGCCAGUCACUGGUCCUGAAAGGAGUGGACCCUGAAACAUGCAUGAUCGUGUUCAAAAACCACUGGGCACAGGUGGUGAAGAUUCUAGAGAAGCAUGACCCAUUGCGCAGUAAUGUUGGUGGUCUGGGUGGAGGUCAUGGUCUUGGUGGGGGUGGAGGACUCGGCAGCUUCCGUUUCGGUCCAGUUCCUGGCGAUGAGGCCAGCGCUGUGCAGAACUAUGUAGAACACAUGCUCUUCCUCCUCAUGGAGGAGGAGUGUGGUCAAAAUGGAGCCAUGGGGCCCAUCCUGGAGUUUGUGGUGAUGGAGAACGUGUUGGAGAGACUGUUUAUCUGGAGCCUGAGGCGAGAGUUCACAGAUGAAAUGAAAUUAGAGCAACUGAAGAUGUAUGAGAUGCUGAUUGGACAAGCCAGGCAGCCAUUACUUCAUCAUAAACCAGUGCUCAAGCCUUUGAUGAUGCUCUUGUCGUCCUGCUCCGGCUCCCCAUCGGGUCCAAGCUCCUCUGCUGUGGAGACAGAGCUUGUGCUGCUCCUGAACCAGCUGUGCUGUGUUCUGGCUAAAGACCCUUCAGUCCUGGAGCUUUUUUUCCAUACGAGUGAGGACCAAGGAGCUGCUAAUUUCCUUAUCUUCUCCCUACUCAUCCCUUUCAUACACAGGGAAGGGUCAGUCGGACAGCAGGCCAGAGAUGCGCUUCUGCUUAUCAUGGCUCUUUCUGCUGAGAACCAUGUUGUGGCUAAACACAUCGCAGAGAACACCUAUUUCUGUCCGGUUUUGGCUACAGGUCUGAGUGGGCUUUACUCAUCUUUGCCUACCAAGUUAGAUGUACCCAGUGAAGAGUGGCACUGUCUGCACCGUGAGGACUGGCAGCAGCUGCCUGCUCUUGUGCAAUUUCUUAACUCCUUGGAGUUCUGCAAUGCUGUCAUACAGGUGGCCCAUCCUUCCAUCAGAGACCAGCUGGUUGGCUACAUUCAUAAUGGUUUUCUGGUCCCUGUUCUAGCACCAGCAUUACACAAGUUGACACUUGAAGAGGUGAUGACCACAACAGCAUAUCUGGACCUCUUCAUACGCAGCGUUUCUGAACCUGCAUUGCUGCACACCUUCCUAAGCUUCAUCCUGCUCCAUCGCCAUGACAAUGUACACAUUUUGGACACACUAGUCAGCCGCAUCAACACUCCCUUUCAGCUUGGCACUGUAUCGCUGGCCCUGUUCCGCACUCUCAUUGGCUUGUAUUGUGAGGAUGUCAUGCUCCAGUUGGUAUUCAAGUACCUAAUCCCCUGUAACCACAUGAUGUUGAGUCAGCGUAGAGUCCUGAGAGAAAGAGACUUUUACUCUGUAUCGGCCGCCAAGUUUCUAGCCCUUACACCCUCCUGCUGUUCUCCAGAGGUCAUCCCCCCUCCACUCAGGCAACUGGACUCUAUCCUGUGGUCAAAAGGCACUGAUGGCUCCCAUAUAGGAACUAUGGAAUCAAACGAGGUCCUCUCAGAGGAGGAUGACUGUGGUAACUCCUGUGUCAUUGGCUCAGAGAUCUACCUGGAUGUCAGUUACCUGCACUACUUGUACGAUGCACAAAACAGCAUCAGUUACUGUAUGCGAGCAUGCCGUGUGUGGUCGGCCCCUUAUGAUGGUGAGAACCCUCCUCCAGAAGAAUACCAGCGCAGUACCUUGGAAGAAGCAGGUAGGACUCGGCAACCAGUUACCAGCAGGAAAACCCCAAAUCAAAUGCAUCGCUCCGGUCCACCCCUCAAAGAUCUCACUGCUACUCCCGGAUUGCUGGAGCUGGAGUGGGAUGAUAGUUAUGAUGCUUGUCCUACACAACUGCAACCAGAGGAAGAUCAGGAGACUCUCCCCAUCCCGGACGAGCCCCCAAAACACAUUCAAGAACUGCGGAGAACUGCUAUUAUGAUUGUGAAGGGCUCUUACAUUGAAGAGUCUGAGUUCCAGAAUGAUGUUAUGGUCUAUGACCUGGUAGCUCAGAAGGAUGCUCAUGACUCUGGUAAUAGCUAUCAUGCCUCAUCCAAACCUAUAGAAGCAGCAAAGCAGGAGGUGUUAGAUGAACCAGUAACUGAUCAAAAGACUACAAAUUCAGAAUCCUCAAUGAGCAAUGGCUUGAGCUCCCCAUUAGAUGAAAUGGACAGUAAAAAGAGAGGGUCCCAAUCAGACCAUAAGUCACUGGAAGGGGAGGACCUUAUGGCCCAGUAUGAGGAACUCAUAAGGACUCUGGGUGCACAGCACAGUCCAGCAAAAACAGACAGUGAACUCAAGAGUCCUACAGACCUCAUGGAUGAGGAGGAAGAUGAGAUUGACUUUAACUCUUUCUCCCCAGAGACACCAGAGGCAGAAAAGUUAUCAUCUCCUUUUGGGACCAAACCCCGCAGUGGGAGCAGGGGGCAUGCUGUACCUUUUACAGGGCCGUUUCUGAGUGUACUGCUGUCUCGCCUAGAAAACAUGCCAAGUAAUUCUCUCCAUGUGAACUUGCUUCUGACUGGCAUCCUGGCCCAGUUAGCUGCUUACCCUCAGCCCCUGCUGCGCUCCUUCCUUCUCAACACAAACAUGGUGUUCCAGCCUAGUGUCCGCUCACUAUACCAGGUACUGGCCUCAGUGAAGAACCAGACAGAACAGUGGUCAGCGAAUAAUAAAGACUUCCCUGAGCUUCUCACAGCUGCCCAGCACUGCUUAUUGGCCAGGGAGAGUUCACUAAGAGACUCUCAAAGUCCACAGAAUGGAGAUUGGUUCCAUAGUUCUGAAGCAGACAGAAUCAAGACGAAACCGAAUAUCCAACCCAAAACUGUGGUUCCCUUAAACCAAACUGAGAUAUAUGCCACAGUUCUUUUCACCGAGUUCCUGAAAGAGCUAGCAGCCUUUGCACAAGAGCACUCCAUCCUUGCUCAUCUUCCCACGGAGCAGUAGCCUUUGAUUCUGUUUUUAUGUCUGUUGUUAAUGUUUCCAGGAAACUUUUGAACUGACAUUUUGAAUGAUUUUUAGUUCUUAUUGAAAGACUCUAAAAUAAUGUUUUUCUGACUUUUCUCUUUUUUGGAUAUUUUUGAUGGGGGGUUCUUUCAUGCAUGUUUUUGUCUGUUGUGUGAACAAUCAUUGAAACUUCCAUCAUUUGAUUAUGCAUACCAAACCUGCCAUAAAACAGUCAUUGAUUUGUCUUCAUUUCAUAAAGUUGGCUUCGGGACACAAAAUGCUGGAUGUCUUAACUGAAAUUUCAGGCCUAAACUAAAUGGUGAUGGCCAUACAGCCAUUGAGCAAGAGGUGAGGAGGCAUUACAUAUUAAUAACAUUUGAGGACCAGAUUCUCUACAGACUGUAUAGUGCUGCUGAUGUCUUUUUGCUGGAAUGUUCCCAUGAUGGCCUUAUACUGAUUGAUAGUGCCUAUUCCUUUAGUCCUUAAUUUUCAACAUUGUCUUUACAGUUUUAUAUACAGUAAGCAUACUUUGUAAACCUGGUCACUUGGCCAUUUUAUACAACUUGUCUGUAGGAUUGCUGGAUUUCCUCUCACUUUGAGAAACAAUUCUUACACAGUCGUUCUGGUUCUAUGUAGAGCAUCACUGAUAUUAACUUUCACAAUGUCUAUACAGCACAUGAGUUGUUAAUGAACAUGUUUGAAACUAGCAGCACACAUGCUUGUUAAUUAGGAUGAGGUGCCUUUCUUUAAUGGGGUAAGAUAUACACUACUGUUCAAACGUUUAAGGUUAGUACGUUUUUGU